AUGGCAGGCCUUCCUUUGCUGAAGGGAAACACCAUUUCCUUGGACGAUGCUCUGACCGACGACGACAACAUCUUGCACCGCUUAGAUUAUCCGCAGAAGCUGAAAGCCUUCUGUUCAGACCUCCUUACCCACCAACGUGACAUAGAAUCCUUAGUCUCAUUCCAUCUUUGUGUGAAACAUUGUCAGGUUGCCGACGAGGCAGAUUGGUUAUUCGGAAGUUAUAAUGUUUGCAUUCCGGUCUAUAUAGGUCGGCAAUCAGAGGAACGUGUCCUUUUCCGUGUCCCGCUGCCUUUCAAAAUAGGCGAAGAGACUUUCCCUGGGAAUACCAACGAGAAACUGCGCUGCGAAGUCGCCACAUAUAUUUGGAUACGUGAGAAUUGCCCAGAUGUUCCAAUACCUUCUCUCUAUGGGUUCGCCUUUUCUAAUGGACGAGCUCCAAAUGCUAUCCACGAUCUUAAUGACGGGCAGGAACAGCUCUCCGCGUUGACCAUGAUGAAGGGUCUUUUGCCCCAAUUCAUUUCUAGCCAAUAUCGUGACGGUCCAUUUAUUCUUUCACUCACAGACCUUCAUCCAAGUAAUAUCUUUGUCGAUAAGGAUUGGCACAUCACAUCCUUGAUUGAUUUGGAAUGGGCCUGCAUUUUCCCAAUUGAAUUACAAACACCACCCUACUGGUUGACUGGUCGACCUAUCGAUGAUAUUGAGGACGGAGAGCAUCUCCAAAAAUUCCAAGAAGUCAUGACUGAAUUCAUAGAUGCGUUUGAAGAACAGGAACAAAGAUCCCAGAGUUCUGCUCCCUCCCGGGCCGAGAUCAUGAGGAAAUGCUGGGAUAGAGGAAGUUUCUGGUAUUUCCAAGCGCUUCACAGCCCGAAAGGUCUGCUUCGUGUAUUCAACGGGCAUAUCCAGCGCAUUUUUUGUGAGGAGCAUUGCACUCAGCGAGUCUUUGACCGGACAGUCAGUCCAUAUUGGACCCCAAGGGCGGAAGAAUUCAUCCAAGCGAAGGUUAUACAAGAGACGGAGUAUAAGAGUCAAUUAAGGAGGCGAUUCAGUGAAGAUGAUAAAACAUGCACUUUCGCGUAA